AUGGUGUCCUCAGACUCCUGCACAUCUGUCACAUGUGCCCAGUGUGAACCUGCUCUCAACUGUCAGGAGAACGAGGCGCUGAUAGUGGACCUGCCAAUAGUGGUGUUCCAUGGCGAAUACCAGUCGAUCUGCACGAUGCUGGGCUGUGAGCACAGGUCCCACUUAAGGAAGGCAGACGAGUGCGCUCCACUGACACAGGGUCUCAUUCGAGCUCAGCAGAACAACUGGAAGAGAGUGAGAGCGAGGGGCAUGGCAUUUUCAGUAACCGUGUGGUCUGUGUGGUCCUCACUGGUCAUCUGGAGCCUGUUGUCAUUGACCGGAUCCAGCGUGCCGUCUCAAACCAGGGGAAACACCACAGAAAGUGAGGAGAGAAAACUGGAGCGUUUGGGACAGGCCUUCCGGCACAACGUGCGCCUGUUGCGUGAGCGCGGUGGUCGUCUCGAUCUAGUCUUCUUAGUGGACGAGUCAUCCAGCGUGGGCGCCACCAACUUCAAGAGUGAGCUGCGCUUCAUACGAAAGAUGCUCUCUGACUUUCCGGUUGCACCGGAAGCCACUCGGGUCGCCCUUGUGACGUUCAGCUCAAAAAGCCACGUGCAGACCAGGGUGGACUACAUCUCAGUGCCCAAAGCUCACCAGCACAAGUGCUCUCUUUUUAAUAAGGAAAUCCCGGGCAUUACCUACAGAGGAGGGGGCACCUACACCAAAGGAGCUUUCCAGCGUGCGGCGCAAAUUCUGAGGAACUCGCGUGAGAAUGCCACCAAGGUGAUCUUCCUGAUCACAGAUGGCUACUCCAAUGGAGGAGAUCCACGACCGGUGGCGGCAGCUCUGCGUCGAAGUGGAGUGGAGAUCUUCACACUGGGUAUUUGGCAGGGCAACAUCCGCGAGCUGCAUGACAUGGCGUCACAUCCCAAAGAUCAACAUUGCUACCUGGUACCCAAUUUCACAGAGUUUGAGGCACUUGAACGUCGUGCUCUUCAUGAAGACUUGCCCACAGGAGGGUACAUCCAAGAGGACAUGUCCCAUUGCUCGUCUCUGUGUGUGGAGGGCAGGGACUGCUGUGACCUGAUGGCCAGCUGUAAGUGCGGCACACAUACAGGCCAGUAUGACUGCGUGUGUGAGAAAGGACAUUAUGGGAAAGGCCUGAAGAACGAGUGCACAGCAUGCCCGUCAGGUACGUAUAAACCUGAGGCGGAACCUGGUGGUGUGGGGACAUGUGUGCCUUGUCCUGACCCUCAGCAUACUUCCAGACCUGGGAGUACCGCUGUAUCUGACUGUGUGUGUAAGGAUGGAUACAGACUGCACAAUCACGUCUGCCAAGUGGUGGUUUGUCCAGUUCUUUCUCCUCCUGAGAAUGGCUUCUUCAUCCAGAAUGUGUGUAAUAACCAGUAUAACUCGGCAUGUGGCGUGCGCUGUCUACCAGGCUUUGAACUGCAGGGGGACGGCAUCAGACUGUGCCAAGCAGAUGGUACCUGGUCUGGAGCUCCACCCAAGUGUACAGUACGUUCGUGUCCAGCCUUGUCCCCUCCUCAACAUGGACAGCUAAACUGCAGUGAUGGUGGACCCUCCUCUCGCCUGGAAUGCAUAGUUCGAUGUCAGAGGGGCUACAGACUCGAGGGCAAAGUCAAAGUUACCUGCCUGCCAAACUCCCAGUGGAGCAGCCCUCCACCCCGGUGUGUGGAAGUGCGCUGUCCCCCCAUCGUAACCCUUGAAAAUGUACAUCUAUCACCACCGGCUUGUGGUAAAAGGGCAAUGCGGAGUGGAGCCAUAUGCCGGUUUUCCUGUCAACCUGGCUAUCAGCUGCUGGGUAUUUCAGAAGUACGAUGUGUGUCCUCUGGAGAUUGGAGUGACAGUCCACAGAAGUCAACCUGUGCAGAUGCUGAGCCUCCGUGGAUUCAGUGCCCUGAUAACAUCAUCACAAAAACUGACAAGCAUAAGCCGUCGUCCAACGUCAACCUGAACGCACCAGUACUGGGGGACAAUUCCGGAGAUGAGGUUGCUGUGCAGGUCACGCCCAUUCUUAGCCCCACCCAACCAUUCCUGAUUGGUACAGUAUCCAUAACGUACACAGCUACCGACCACGCUGGGAACAAAGCCAACUGCUCCUUCACUGUAUCUGUUAUUGAUACGGAGCCUCCACUGAUUGACCGGUGCCGAUCCCCACCCACAGUACAAGCCACAGACACAGAGACGCCGGUCUUCUGGGACGAGCCGCAGUUUUCAGACAAUUCAGGUGCCCAGUUAAACAUCUCCAGCACUCACUCUUCUGGUGAUGUAUUUCCUGUUGGAGAGACAGAAGUGUACUAUACAUCUACAGACCCGUCUGGCAACAACCGUACCUGCGAGCUCAUUAUUACAGUACAAGGUUCCACAUGUGAGCAGCCGUACGUGCCAGUAAAUGCAGAUUUCUCCUGUUCAAAAGAGGAGAGAGGUGUAAACUGCACACUGGUCUGCAGACAGGGCUACAGCCUUACCCAGAAUGCAGUGACCAGCUAUUUCUGCCCCAAUAAUGGCCGGUGGGAGCCACCACGCACACCAGACAGACCAGACUGCUCCAAGAACAGAAUAGCCAACAGUGGUGUGAAGCCUUUUGAGAUGCUCUUUAAAGCAUCCCGCUGUGAUGACCUAGACCUGCUAAAGUCCUUCACUGGGAAUUUCAACAAUAUUCUUGGAGAACUGGUCCCUAAAAUCUGCGGUGGAGAUGACAUCAACUGUAAACUCGAGGUGAUCUCACAGGGGCAGUGCCUGGAGUACAACUAUGAUUAUCCAAACGGAUUUGCUAUCGGUCCUGGAGGCUGGGGCAGUAAUGGACAGGACUACGCUUACUUUGACAGCGGUUUUUCUCCAGAUCAACAGCGCACCUCCGUCCAGCAGGAUGGUGUGGUCAAUAACAUGAGAUCCAAACGGCAUCAGGAAAUUACUGGGCCCACACGUGACCAAAAGAUCCAGAUAUACUUCAAUAUAACAGCAAGCAUUCCACUGCCCCUGUCAAGGAAUGACUCCAUGGAGGUAGCCAAUCAAAAACGCCUUCUGCGGACUUUGGAAUUACUGACCAAUCGGCUAAGGAGGACGCUGAGUAAGCAGCCCAUGAGCUCGUUCCACGUGUCGUCCGAGAUGAUAGUCGCCGACCCCAAAUCUCUGGAGGGCAAGAAGCCCUCCCUGUACUGCCCCCCAGGCUCUGUGCUCAAGGGUCGCAUGUGCGUGCAGUGUCCAGUGGGAACGUAUUUCUCCCUGGAAUACGCCGAGUGUGAGAGCUGCAGGAGAGGCUCCUAUCAAGACGAGGAGGGUCAGAUGGAGUGUAAGCUGUGUCCUGACGGAUUCUCCACACCUUACCUCCACUCGCGCAGCCUGUCUGAGUGCAAAGCACAGUGCAAGCCUGGUAGUUCAUCGCUGAGUGGGCUGGAGACAUGUGAGUCGUGCCCACUGGGUCAUUACCAGCCUGGCUAUGGCUUUCGCUCCUGCCUGCCCUGCCCCCCCAAAACCUCCACCAUCAAUCGAGGAGCCGUAGAUGAGAAUGAGUGCGGAGUUCCAUGCUCAGCAGGUCAUUUCUCCCGGACUGGACUGGUCCCGUGUUACCCUUGUCCUCGAGACUACUAUCAGCCUGAUGAGGGACGGUCCUACUGUCUUUCCUGUCCCUUUUAUGGCACUACCACUAUCAGCGGAGCCAAGUCCAUCCAGCAGUGCUCCAGUUUUGGCUCCAGUUUCUUGCCUAAGGAGCAAAGUGUAACAGCAGCUCCAGAGGUUCCUGAGAUAAGAGACUAUCAGGCCAACAGUCAGGUGUUCCAUGAGUGCUUCCUCAACCCCUGUCAGAAUCAGGGUACCUGUGAGGAGGUGGGGGUGGGAUAUGUGUGUACAUGUCGGUCUGGGUUUACAGGAGCCAAGUGUGAGAGCGACAUUGAUGAGUGUGAUUCUGCUCCAUGUCAGAAUGGCGCCGUGUGCAAAGAUGAAGUGGGAGGCUUCCGGUGCCAGUGCCAGGCAGGCUUUGUGGGAUCACUGUGUGAGCUUGAUAUAAAUGAAUGCAGCUCCUCUCCAUGUCUGAACGAGGGAGUGUGUGUGGACAAGGUGAAUCAGUUCACCUGCAGCUGUGCAGAUGGAUUCACAGGCUCACUGUGUGAAUUGGAGAUAAAUGAAUGUGAUUCCACGCCCUGUCAGAACGGAGGGGUGUGUAAGGACCUGGAAGCUAGAUACUCCUGCUCCUGUAGUCAGGGCUUCACUGGAGACAGCUGUGAAGUAAAUAUAGAUGAUUGUUACAGCGCCCCCUGUCUGAACGGAGGAACGUGUGUGGAUGGCGUCAAUGAUUUCAGGUGUGACUGUAUAACAGGGUACAGGGGCAGGUUUUGUCAGGUGGACGAGGAUGAGUGUGAAUCAAACCCAUGUCUGAAUGGCGCCACCUGUGAGGAUGAAGUGGGAACAUACACUUGUCGAUGCCCUCCUGGGUUCAACGGAAGCAGGUGUGAGACAGAAAUGUCGUCAUCUUUUAACCUGGACUUUGAGGUGUCUGGUAUACAUAGUUACGUGAUGAUGGACGGACUGAUGCCUGCACUGACCCAGAUCACUUGCACGUUCUGGAUGAGGUCAACAGAUACGAUUAACUAUGGAACUCCAAUCUCAUACGCCGUGGAGGGAGGAAACGACAAUGCCUUCCUGCUCAUAGACUACAAUGGCUGGGUGCUGUAUGUGAAUGGAAGAGAGAAGAUCACAGACUGUCCGGCGGUGAAUGAUGGCAGGUGGCAUCAUAUUGGUAUUACAUGGAGGAAUUCAGAUGGUGACUGGAGGAUUUACAUUGAUGGAAGCCCCUCAGAUGGUGGGAAAGGCCUGUCAGUCGGCGGCACUAUACCAGGAGGUGGUGCGCUGGUGCUGGGACAGGAUCAGGACAGAAGAGGCGAGGGCUUUAAUCCUGUCGAGUCUUUUGUUGGCUCCCUUAGCCAGCUCAAUAUUUGGGAUUAUGUCCUCUUACCUCAGCAGAUCAGGUCGCUGGCCAGUUCUUGUCCAAAUGACCUGCGAAAAGGAAAUGUGUUCGCCUGGUCUGAUUUUCUGCAUGGUGUCACCGGCCGAGUCAAAACAACGUCUAAAAGCACGUUCUGUGCUGACUGCCCUCUGCUGGAGGAUACUGUGCCCAACCUGCGCUCAUCCAGUUCAUCUGUGAAGCCAGGCUCUCAGGUGAAGUUCUCCUGCAACCCUGGAUAUUACCUAGUGGGAGAGCCAGUCCAGCAGUGCCAGAACAGAGGAGCGUGGAGCCACACACAGCCUCGGUGUGAACGUGUAAACUGUGGUCCACCCCCAGAUCUUGAGCACGGCCUGUAUCAUGGGGACGAUUUCAAUGCUGGAAGCUCAGUGCUGUACCAGUGUAAGCCUGGCUUCUACCUGCUGGGCGAGAGCAAAAUGCUGUGCACCAGCAGUGGAAAGUGGACCGAUAACCCACCUGCAUGUCUCGAUGUGGAUGAGUGUGCAUUGGGUUCUGACUGUGAUGAAAAUGCCAGCUGCCAAAACACAGAUGGCUCUCAUAUAUGUACAUGCAACUACCCCUAUACUGGAGAUGGAAGAAGCUGCACAGCCCUGGCAUGUAAACCACCUAAAGUCCCAAAGCAUGGAGUCAUGAAGGAGACCAACUUCACAUACAGAAGCAAGGUGACUUUCAGCUGUGAGGAAGGCUAUAUCCUCCACGGACCAGCAGAGAUCCGGUGCGAGUCCAACCUGGACUGGGAUAAAGCUUCACCCAGCUGUGAUCCUGUGACCUGUGACGAGCCCCCAGCUGUGGACAAUGCAGUGUUCACUCUCAACGGAAAAGUUUACCUGUCAACAGUGACAUAUACCUGCGUAGAGGGAUACAGGCUACAGGACAAAGGAGAGCUGCACUGUGAGGCUUCUGGAAAUUGGACAUCUCCUGUCCCUGUGUGUACCAGAGUGGCCUGUGGUAAACCACCUCUCCUGAAGGAUGCAGAAGUCAAAGGAGAAAACCUCACUGUGGGAAGUCUGGUGCACUACAUCUGCAAAGAAGGGUAUACACUACUUGGUGCUGAAUCUCAAGAGUGCCAGCCAAGUGGAGAGUGGAGUCGCAAUUCGUCCCAGUGUGUACCUCGCUCCUGUGGACCCCCGCCACCUAUUGACCAUGCCCUUCCAGACACCGGACACCAGCUGUUUGGUGACACUGCUUUCUACUAUUGUGAUGAUGGCUACACCACUGGCAACAACACCAAGUUGUUGUGCAAUGCGGAGGGCAAUUGGACACCACCCGAAGGACACACUAUGCCACACUGUAUUGCCACUUUCUGCCAACGUCCACCAGAUUUACCUCAUGCCAUCCUGGAUGUUCUGGACAUUAAGAAGCCCAAGUAUGCCAGUAACACAGAGGUCAGCUACAAAUGCGAGGAAGGCUUUGUGCUCAAUUCCACAGCGACUCUGAAAUGCUUAAUGGGAGGCGAGUGGUCAUCUUCGGCAACGGAUAUCAGCUGUGUGCCUGUCAGAUGCUCCAAGCCUGAGAAUAUUGUGAGUGGUUACAUCAGUGGGACCAACUACAGCUUUGGGGCUGUGAUCGCAUACAGCUGUGAUAAAGGCUACUACAUCAGAGGGGAGAAAAGAAGGACUUGUAAAGCUGAUGGAGAGUGGGGUGGGGCUUUACCCAUGUGCCAACCUAUUAGUUGCUCUAGUCCACCUCAUUUGGCUAAUGGCUACAUCCAGGACCCCAUGAGGAAAGCCAACUAUGUAUAUCAUACCAAGGUCACAUAUGCUUGCAAUGCUGGUUUUCGGCUAAAAGGAAAACCUGACCGUAUAUGCAUGGCCAACAAGAAAUGGUCCAAUAUCGACCCCCCAGUUUGUGAGCUCUUGACCUGUCCAAAACCUCUCGAUAUACAGAACGGACACUACCGUGGCUCUCUAUUUGUAGUAGGAAGUAAGGUGGAGUACAUCUGUGAUGAGGGUUAUGAACUAACCGGAGAUGCCGUUUGGACCUGUUUAAAAUAUGAAAAAUGGGACAAGACAGUAACUCCUUACUGUUCUCCAGUUCAGUGUCUGGAGCCACCACUGGAGGAAAACCAUCUAGUGCUGCGAAGCUUGGAUUCAACCACAGGCACUGUGGAACUGUCCUGUGAGGACGGGUACGUUCUUCAUGGAGCAAGGACUCUUCGUUGUACCCUGUCCAGGGAAUGGAAUGACACCUUUCCGGUCUGCAAGCAGGUGUCUUGUGGACAACCACCAGAGGUUUCCUUUGGAGAUCCAUCAUCACAAUCUACCUAUUUUGGUAGUGUUGUUACGUACUCCUGCAUGGCUGGAUUUACCCUUCGGAAAGAAGCUUCUGUACGCUGUCUGGCAGAUGGACAGUGGAGCUUGCCAUAUCCAGAAUGCAUUCCUGUAGAGUGUCCACAUCCAGAGGAAAUACAGAAUGGUAUAGUGGAUGUGCAGGGUCUGAUGUAUCUUAGCACUGCCCUGUAUAGUUGUAAGCCUGGGUAUGAACUAGUGGGCAACUCAACUGUUCUAUGUGGUCAGAAUGGCCUCUGGAUUGGAGGGGUACCUUUUUGUCGACCAGUCGAGUGUCUGCCACCUACGGAGAUUCCCAAUGGCUCUGCCAAGUAUUCACAACUCCAGUUUAGCAGGUCUGUUACUUAUACCUGUCAACGAGGAUAUAGACUAGAAGGUCCAGAGACACUGACUUGCCAGGAAAAUGGUAAAUGGGACAACAAGGUUCCAUCCUGCAAACAAAUCUACUGCUCACCUCCUACACCAAUUGACAAUGGCUUUGUUGAAGGCCGGGAUCAUAAGUUUGGUGCCAUUAUUUUCUACAGUUGCUUCCCAGGCUUCUUGCUUGUGGGUCAGAACCACCUUACAUGUGAGGAACAUGGCUGGUCAACUUCAGUACCUACCUGCACUCCGACAGACUGUGGCCUCCCUCCACAUAUUGACUUUGGAGAUUAUUUUAAGAUCCAAGAUCCAUCGUCUGAGUUGUCUGAAGGAGACACUAAACUCGCCAAGAUCCCUUCACCAGCAGAUACUAGCUUCUUGCAUGGAACCAUGGUCCAGUAUCACUGCCAUGCAGGGUAUGAAACGAAUGGUGUUGUUACCUUAGUGUGCCAAGAGGAUGGCAAAUGGAACGGGACAGCUCCUGUGUGUGUACCCGCUAAAUGUGAGACUCCGCCUGCUCCUGAUCAUGGAUCAACCACAGUAACAGAUACUGCACUUGGCAGAUUAGUGGAAUAUAGCUGUGAUGAAGGGUACGAGCUGGAUGGUCCAACAAUGCAACAGUGUGUCUCUGAACGCCAAUGGAGUAAUGAUGCUCCCCAAUGUGUUCCUGUAGACUGUGGUGACCCAGGAGGUAUUGCUAACGGUGAGGUCAUUGGGAAGUACUUUCACUUCAAGGGAGUGAUUCACUAUGAAUGCCAUGCUGGUUUUGUACUGGAAGGUUUGGAAAACAGAACAUGCCAGAUGGAUGGGAAAUGGGAUGGCAAAGCACCUUGGUGCAGGGCGGUGUCUUGCGGACGUCCUGUGGUCUCCAAAGAUGUUUUAAUGAAAGGAGAUGAUUACACCUUUGGCAAGCGCAUACUCUUUAGCUGCAAUACAGGGUUCAUCCUGCAGGGCACACACACCAGUGUUUGCCUUGCUAAUGGCACCUGGAGUGAAAGUGCUCCCAGGUGCCUCCCAAUUAACUGUGGUCGACCCCCUAUCAUCAAGAACGGACAUGUCACAGGAACAAAUUAUGGGUAUAAUGGCAAGGUGAAUUAUAAAUGUAAUGUAGGCUAUACGUUGACAGGAAACCCCACACUUGUCUGUGGAAGUGAUGGACUUUGGGACUAUCCUCCUCCACGAUGCGACGUAGUUACAUGCGACCCACCUGAGGACAUCAGUCAUGGCUUUGUGAACGGCUCCAGUUUCAAUUUUGAGGAUGUUGUGGAGUAUAUUUGUUUCCCUGGCUAUGAUAUAGUCGGCAGUUCGACUCUACGCUGCGCAGCAGACGCCACCUGGAUCGGAAAAGUGCCACAAUGCCAAUCCUGCAUGUGCAAGGCUCCGGUACUGAAGUUUGGAGCCGUGCUUGGGCGUGAUCACACCUGUGGGACUAGCGUCUGGUUCCGGUGUGAUGAAGGCUACAAAGUCCUUGGACCCACCGAGGCCAUGUGCGACAAGGGUGGAGUAUGGAGUCCAGGAGUACCUAUUUGCAGCAGAGGCAGAUGUACCACACCACCUCCCACCGUACCCAAUGCUGUUUUGCUAGGUGGUGCAGCUACACUCGAUACAGUCACCUAUGGAUGCAGACCAGGAUUCCAGUUGCGUGGCAACCCAUAUCUGUCUUGUGGAAGGUUGGGUAGGUGGGGAGUGCCAAGUCUACAGUGCGAGCCUGUGUCCUGUGGAAGGCCCCCUCAUGUCCCAUACUCCGAGAUUGUAGGAUCUGCUUUUACAUAUGGCAGCAAGGCACAAUACAGGUGUGCAAAAGGGUACCAGGUGGUCACACAGUCAGACUCCAUCAGCUGUCAGAGUGAUGGCACUUGGUCCAAACAAAGUGUGAGGUGUGAACCAAUACCAUGCAGUCUUUCUUCCAACCUAACUCAUGUUGUGGUCUCAGGGGCACAGCUUACACCUGUCGGAGGCAUCGUCACAGUAUCCUGCAUGCCAGGAUUUUAUCUUGAGGGACCAGGACUGUCAGAAUGCGAGUUUUUUGGUAGAUGGUCUCCAGCAUUCUCCUCUAACUCAUGCCUGCCUGUCAUCUGUGAGAAGCCAACGCCCAUUGUUCAUGGUUACAUUAAAGGCGAGAGCUACAGUUAUGGGGAAAUGGUUACGUACACCUGUAUGCCAGGCUUUGAACUGCAGGGUGACCAGGUCCAAAUUUGUCAAGGAGACAAAACUUGGAGUGGGACUCAACCUUUGUGUGUUGAAAUUGCGUGUGGUCCUCCACCAGUUGUAGAGAAUGCUGUUUCUAUAUCAACCAGUGAGUCGUAUCAGAGUAACGUCUCUUAUGUCUGUAACUCGGGAUUGAUCCUGAUUGGCUUACAGAACCUCACCUGUCAGUCUGAUGGAACGUGGAGUUCACCUGCACCGACCUGUGAGGCCCCAAAAGGAUGUGAAGGACCUUCAGAGUUGUUAAAUGGGAGAGUGCAGGAGCACAGCCUAGCCAGUGGAAAAGCUCUUGAGUUUUUCUGUGACAGAGGCUAUACUCUGCAGGGAGAGUCUGUUGUUGUCUGCAUAGGAAAUGGCUCAUGGAGCUCACCGUUUCCUACCUGUACACCCAAGUCAUGCCCACCUCCUCCAGGAUGGACUGGAAACAGUGUAAACAUCACACACUUUCUAGUGGGUCAGACAGUGCCAGUUAAUUGCCCUAAAGGUCAGCAGGUCAAGGGGCAGCAGGGCCAAAGCACUGCCAACAUAACAUGUCGAAGUGACCAGACCUGGAUUCCAAUCAGCGCAGUUUGUGAGAGGGUGUCAUGUGGCCCUCCUCUCCACGUAGCUAAUGGAGUGGUCCGUGGGGCUGUGUUCCAGCUCAGUGACGCGGCAGUGUACUCGUGCUUCCCAGGCUACUUCAUGGAAGGCCAAAGCAGGAGUGUGUGCUUAGAGAAUGGCACAUGGACUGCACCCCCUUCCUGCAGAGCCACGUGUUGGCUACAGUGUCAGAAUGGAGGUGUGUGUCAGAGACCAAAUAUAUGCUCCUGUCCAGAGGGCUGGAUGGGUCGCCUUUGUGAGGAACCCAUCUGCAUCCUGCCGUGUCUGAACGGAGGGCGCUGUGUAGCUCCAUACCAAUGCAAGUGUCCAGCAGGUUGGACCGGCACAAGAUGCCACACUGCUGUGUGUUCUACGCCCUGUCAGAAUGGAGGCAGAUGUUUCAGACCUAACAGGUGUCGCUGCACUCAAGGCUGGGGGGGUCAUGAUUGUUCCAGGAAAAGAAAAUCAGCACAUUUUCAUUUUUAAUUUGCCACCUAAGGCACCUAAAGUUGGAUCAAAGCAUCAUGGUGGGUACAUCAAGAGUCUUCAGUUCAGACCUGUAAACAGUCCUUUUCCACAUGCCAAAAUUCAGAUGUGUUUUGUAAAUUAAAGCUGUAUUUUUUCAUAUAGAAAAUAAAUCAGUAUUACGUAUAAGCUGCUGCUAUAUACAGGAACUUGUACGAUGUGUAAAGACUUUAAGUGAUUUUGUUAAGUGUAUAUGUGUAUAAACUAUUCUUUUCACAUUUUUAUUAAAGCACAAAAGACAA